AUGUCUCCAAACGAUACUUCUACAGUAAAUAACGACUUCUGGGAAAUCGAGUGGAGCUCCUAUGCUGAAAAGCACCUUAAGGAGACUUUAUCUCUGAAAAAGUCAUUUAAUUUGAUAUUAGGAGAAGGAAAGGAAUUAGCAAAAGUCCACUUUGGAAUAAAAGAACGUUUCAUUGAUGAGAUAUUGAAGACUAUAGAAUUAUUCAAACGAGACAACUAUCACAAAUCAAAAUUACGAGGUUUUAAAGAAGCUAAAGAGAUUGAGGACGAAUUCGAGAAGGCACAGAAGCAAUGGAAGAAAUUAUUUGAGGGGUUACAAACUGCCAAACGGAAUUAUCACUCCCUUUCACGUGCCGAAAAAUCUGCCUAUAUUCAAUAUAUGAAUUCCAAAGCGGAUCAGUACGUCGCGGACUGCUCAAGUGAAAAGUGCAAGGAACGUUUUGAAAAAUUUCAAGAAGAUAGGAAAAAGGCGAAAGGCAUUUAUGAACAACAAUUGACAGAUAUUAAAGCAUAUAUAGGAAUUUAUAAAGAGAAUAUGUCUUUUGUCUUUGAAAAGUGUCAGCGAAUGGAAAGGAAACGGAUUCGAUUUAUGAUAGAAAUGUUUUCGGGUAUACAAAAAAUUAUGGCGGAUUUGAUUAGCCCACAAAAGCUUUUACAAUUACAAGACAAACUGCGGGAACACUUUACAGAAUUAACCGACGCUUCUAUAGAGCUUGAUUUACGGCAAUGGUCUAUCCAACACGGGAUUGAAUGUAAUACUGUUUGGCCUGAAUUUGAGGAAUAUUCUUCCGAAUUCCGACAAAUUCACAAUCCGAGUUCUGGAAGUAGAAAGCACCGUCAAAAGGAAGCAACGGGGGUUAUGCUUACAAAAAAAGUGCUGUUGGGAGAUGAGGAACAAACAACAAACGAAAUAAGGAAAAAUAGGAAUGGGGAAUUAAAGCAUCCAAGAUGCAAUUCUGAACCGAGAUGUCAUCACAAUUUAACAUCCAAUGUGGUCGAUCCAGAAAAAUCCUCACUUCCUGGUCCAGAUAAAUCGCUUUUUCUCGAUAAUGACUUGAAGAAUGGAGGCAGAAAAGAACCUUUUAAUUCGCUGGAAUCGAGAAGUGAAGAAUCCUCAAAAUGUGUUAAUCGUUCAACAAGUGUAAAUCCUUCAACUAAGCACCAACAACUUCAAUAUACAAGUGAAAUUCGGCAUGAAAUAAACAAAUCUGCAGAAGAACCGUCUUCUUUAAAGGGAAACUCCCCAUGUUCCACAUCUUCGAUUCCAGUCGACCCCUUGCCUAUAAGGAGUGGUAGCGAUCUUAAUAUUUGUGGUAUUGAAAGGAAUGUAUCUGUUGAAUACAAAACAUCAUCAGAGAGUGUCGAACAUUUGCAAUUACCUAUUGGACCAGCAAAAGUCAUUUACAAUUUCGAUCCAAAUGAGCCAGAUGAAUUACCCUUAGUUUUAGGUGAGAUAAUUGAAGUUCUUUCGGGUCCAGAUAGUCUUGGAUGGUGCCUGGGUGUAAAACAAAACAAGGAAAGAGGUAUUGGAGAAUGUACUAAAUUAGACUUCAAAUUCAUUAUAGGCCUCUUCCCGGCAACCUAUGUCUCUCCACAAAUUCAGAUGGAGAAGCAUAUACAGUUUAAAUGA